UGCCUUGGACUGAUGUGAUUGGAAGGAAACCCCGUGGACUGCAUUCAGUCGGGCGGCUGAGAGAAUCAGCUGUGGCUUGGUAACACUGACAUCUGCCAAUACUCAGUGAACAGUCAUGUCUGAGGCACCUCAGAAGGAACUGGUGCAAAAGGCCAAGCUGGCCGAGCAGGCUGAGCGUUAUGAUGACAUGGCUGCUCUGAUGAAGUCUGUGACAGAGGAAGGCCUGGAGCUGUCAAACGAGGAGCGCAACCUGUUGUCAGUGGCAUACAAGAAUGUGGUGGGUGCCCGUCGGUCCUCGUGGCGCGUGGUCUCCAGCAUUGAGCAGAAGACCGAGGGCUCUGAAAAGAAGGUAGCCUUAGCCAAGGACUACCGGGAGAAGAUUGAGACUGAGCUGAAAGAAAUCUGCCAUGAUGUCCUGGGUCUCUUGGACAAGUAUCUUAUUCCAAACGCUACAGCAGCAGAGAGUAAAGUCUUUUACUUGAAAAUGAAAGGCGAUUACUAUCGCUACCUAGCGGAGGUGGCUACAGGAGACACCAAGAAAGGCAUCAUUUCAAAUUCACAGGAAGCCUACCAAGCCGCCUUUGAUAUCAGCAAAAGUGAAAUGCAGCCCACACACCCAAUCCGUCUUGGUCUUGCCCUUAACUUCUCCGUUUUCUACUAUGAGAUCCUCAACAUACCUGAAGAAGCCUGCAAGCUCGCCAAGCAGGCCUUUGACGACGCCAUUGCAGAGCUUGACACCCUGAGUGAAGACUCAUACAAAGACAGCACACUAAUCAUGCAGCUAUUGAGAGAUAACUUGACGCUGUGGACCUCGGACAACCAGGUUGAAGGCGAGGAUUCAGAGCCAAGAGAUUGAGCCAGACCCCCGUAGUCAUCCCUGUUGUCCUGGCUCAUCUUCAUCAUGAUCAUCAACACUGAGACCACCUCAUUUUGAUCAUUGUCAUCCAACUCUUUCCAUCUUUUUUUCUAUCUAAGGUCUCUCAGUACUCAUCUCAUUCCCAUCGGUUUACUAUUCCUUCUUUUUGUAGUAACUGUGGGGAAAGGGGAGGGGAAUUCAAGUGGUGUGGUGGGAGGGUAAAAGUGUUUGGGUUUAGAUGUUUUUGGGUGUUGCAUUAUUAAGGUGCUGGGUGAAAGGGCAGUUUCUUAAACUCAUGAAACAUGCAGCAGGUUAAGUUUGUAGAAGUAAGAAAAUAUUUAAGCUGUAUGUGCUGUACUACUCAUUAACGGUGCUGUUUUUGACCAUCCUUUGAUGACACAUUUGUGCUUGACAAAAACAGGAGCUGCCUCCUUAUAUUUGAGGUGACAACAACUGAGUUUGUACAUGGCAAGGGGAAUAACAGCAGAGGUAAAGACAGUGAAGAUGUGAUUGGGAGAAGGAAGCCAAGAUUUAGUUGGAAGACAAGGUUACAUUCUACAUACUGUUGCUCAACUUUCUACUCUUACUAUCUUUUUUGUUUGUUUUUAGUAGACUGCUCUUGUAUUUUUAUGCAUCAGUUAUGAGGUAUAGAAAACUUUGAAGAACAAAAGAGCACGAGCACACAAGCUUGUAUUGUUUUUGUUUUGUAUUGGCACGGCAGUUUAAAAAAAAAAAAAAAGAAAAAAGGAAAAAAAAGAAAAAGAUCCAUCUGCGUAUCUAAUUAAUGCUUUUUCAAAUUAAGACAUUUUGUUUUGUUUUUUCCUUUUUCUCAGUACUUGCCUGAACUGCAUGGUGGUAAGAAGUAGUUUUUGGAGGAGUAAAGAAGGUUGUUGUUGGGCUGGUUAGCUUUGUCUGUCUUUGGAAUUUUCUUACAGGACACCCAAGCAUAACUGUAAUUUUUGGGGGAAAUGUGUAAUUUCAUGUAAGUGGAAUAAAAAAAAUAAUUAAGUUUAA